CACACACUCCCUAAUUUCUCUCUCCCACACUCUCUUUUGCGUUUCGAUGGGACCCUUCAGUUUCUGCACACACCAUCAUACCUUUUAAAAUCUUCACGAAUCAGCAAAAUCCCCUCACACACUCUCUCUUCCUCCCAAAGAUCUUUUCUCUUUCGAUAUUUUAUCUCUCUCUCUUUUCCUCAUGGCUGAGAACUUGGACGACGGCGAGUUCUGGCUCCCGCCGCAGUUCCUCGCCGACGACGACGUUUUGCCGACACCCUUUGAAGCAAAGUUCCCAUCUUUGCCCGACGACACUGUUUUGUUCCCCUCCGAGUGGCCGUACGGUUCCCCAGUUGAUUCUACCGUUGGUGGCUCCAGUGAGACCGAGAGCGACGAGGAGGAGCAACUCGUCGCUGAGUUAACUCGCCGCUUAACUCGCUCCUCUCUUCAAUCUGAUACCAAGUCUGCGGGUCGGUUUGUGUCUAGUUCUCCACAAUCGACGCUUUGCGCGUUCGGAAGUGGGUGUGGUUGCGGCAAAGGGUCGAGCCAGGGAAGCCCUGAUGGUGUUUGCAAGUUGUCCUCUGCGAAGACCACUUGGGAUCUGCUGCAUGCGGCUGCAGGGGAAGUUGAGAGGAUGAGGUUGAAGCAAGAAGGUUAUGCUUUCAACCAUCAAAAUGGAAACCUCAUUCCCCAAAGAAAACCUUCUCCAGUCAUCCCUUUACCCUCCAAAACCACCACCUCAACGCCAAACCCUGAUAUGGGUGGUUUCUACACGCAACAACACUCACUUUCUCACCAGCAAUUGCAGAUAGCACAAUUUCAGAUGUUGAGACAGCAACAGCUGGCAAAGCAGCAGAACUCGGUGUGGAAUUUACAGAAGCAAUGUGGUGGGGUUUACUCUCAGAGGCAACAACAGAACAACCAAAUGGUUCACAAUAGAGGGAGGAACAAUGAUGUUAACAACAGUGUUGGUGGAAGAAAUGUUAGGCCUUUGGGUUUGUCUGCAUCUGCAUGGCCUCCUCUGCAGCACGCGAAGCAGCAGAACCAGAAUUAUGGUUCUGGCAUGAGGGCUGUGUUUCUCGGAAACCCUUCUGGGAGAAGAGAAUGUGCUGGAACCGGUGUUUUCCUCCCUCGGCGAGUUGAUACCCCAGAGCCACGAAAGAAGCAAGCUUGUUCAACUGUGCUGGUUCCGACCAGAGUGGCACAGGCCCUAAAUCUGAAUCUUGAUGACAUGAUGGCUGGCCAGCCGCAACACUUACAACGAUUUAAUGCUAGUUCCAACAUGGAAAAUGGUGCAGCUGUUUCCAGGCAGAGGAGUAAUUAUGUCCUUUCUCAACAACAGAAGCGCAACCUCAAAUCUCAGCCAGCAGUGUACCAUGAGAUUAGGCUGCCACAGGAGUGGACAUACUGAUAAUGAUGAUAAAUCUUUUGCUUGUUAGGGUGGGGAAUAGUGUUUUUUUAAUCUUUUUUUGGGGUGGGGGUGAUUUAGGAAAAAUGGUAGGGGGUUGAAGGAAGGGGGGGUAGAAAUGAAAAUGUAGUAGUAGUCUUCUACAGGAGGGGAAUAGGUUUAUAGAAGAAGAAAUAGGUUUUUUGUUGGCAAUUGGGGUUAAAAAAGGAAGUUUAAUGAAAAAGGAAAAAACUUGGUUGGAAAACAUAAGAUGGUUUUAUUUUUUUUGUGUUGGCUUGGUUGGUUACAGUUGUAGAGGGGUUAUAAUAAUAUUAGGAGCCUAUGAAAAAAAAAGAAGCUAGCAAUGCUGCAACAGUGCUGAAAUUGCCAGUGAUAUCAAGUUACUUUUGUUCUUUUUGAUGGGCUUCGAAAGUCACAACAAGGGAAAGACAAAAACGGUGGAUGGGUCAAAUUUUUACCCUUUUUUAUUUGGUGCUUUAGGGUAAAAAUAAACAAAGCAAUUUGGAAGGGGCUGGACCAUAUUUGCAGAGGGAUUACGGCUCCUUCCAAUUGUUGAAUCACAGUGGAAUCAUUUUGGGGGAAUACUUGUCAGAAGUAACAUCUGAUUCCAACCUGUCCACCCGCAUUACUUUACUACAAUAAAUAAUAAUGCAAGGAAUUUUCACUAUCUCGUUUUACAUUUGUGGA